GCCGAAGGGAGCGGACGUAACAUGAGGCCUGCCGAGCAAGUCCCGUUUCUCACUUUACUUCUUAUUUCAGGGUCGGUCCUGACACGAGGGAAAACGACGAAUUGCAUCGACAACGGGAAAUUUUAUCGCAACCCGAGAACGCCGACUCGCAGCGUUUGGUCACCUACGGAGUGCGCCAAGUACUACUUGUGUCUGGAUGACGAGGUGUUCGAGUUCAAGUGUUCCGAAGGGCUUCUGUUCGAUGUCUCCAGACAGAUUUGCGACUUCAAGGCGAACGUGGAGAAUUGUGACGUGAUCUCAGAGAAGCAGCCUUCGAAACCUUUGCUCGAGAGUGAGGACUGCGAAGAUGGGGAGUUGGCUUGCGGAGAUGCUACCUGUCUCCCUGGGCAUUAUUUCUGCGAUGGGAGUCCAGACUGCUCCGAUGGCUCCGACGAAGGAUGGUGUGACCUUCAUCACGAUCCAAAUGCUGCGACCCCAUGUGAUCCAAAAAGGUGUCAACCACCAGAUUGCUGGUGCUCUGCAGAUGGCACAGAGGUUCCAGGAAAUUUGUCUUCGACGUCUGUACCUCAGAUGAUGGCCAUCAGCUUUGACGAUGCCAUCAAUGCUGAGAAUUUUGACGUCUACCUGAAGUUGUUCACGGAGAACAGGAAGAACCCGAAUGGGUGUCCCAUCCGAGGAACCUUUUUUGUCAGUCAUCAGUACACCAAUUACAGAGACGUACAGUACCUCUGGAAUGCUGGACACGAAAUUGCUGUUCACUCUGUGACCCAUCGUGGCCCACAAGAGUGGUGGUCCAGGAAUGCUACGAUAGAGGACUGGUUCGAUGAAAUGGUCGGCGUGGCAAACAUCAUAAAUAAAUAUGCAGGAGUUCGGAUAAAAGAUAUCAAAGGUUUGAGAGCUCCUUUCCUUCAGAUGGGCUGGAAUCGACAGUUUUUAAUGAUGACAGAGUUUGGUUUCCUAUUCGAUGCAUCUAUGAUAGCACCGUUCUCCGAUCCUCCAUUGUGGCCGUAUACUUUAGACUUCAGAUCUCCACAUCGAUGUGUCAGCAAAGAGCAGCUCUGCCCAUCGAGAGCGUAUCCGGGUAUCUGGGAGAUUCCUGUGAAUCAAUUUCUCUCAGGGGAAUAUGUGUGUACUUCAGUGGACUCUUGCUCCGUGAACUUGUCUGGCGAAGAAGUUUACAAAAUGUUAAUGUUGAAUUUUAAGAGGCACUAUUUAAGUAAUCGUGCCCCCAUGAGUCUUCGUUUGCAUUCCGCAUGGCUGCAGAAUCCUACAUACUUGUAUGCAUUCGCUAAAUUCCUGGAUGAUAUUCUGCGUCUGCCAGAUGUGUACUUUGCGACACAUUAUCAGAUCAUAGAAUGGAUGCAAAAGCCAACUCCGAUAAUGCAGCUUCAUUCGUUCAAGCCGUGGCACUGUGAGAAGCAGCAUUUCGAACCUUAUGAACUUGCUUGUGACUUGCCAAGUACGUGCAAGCUGCCAAGCAGAGUGCUGAAGUCUGAUAGAUAUUUACAUACGUGUUUCGAGUGUCCGAAACAGUAUCCAUGGUUACGAAAUGAAUUUGGCUUAGAUUAGACUCCGAUAGCUUUAUAACGUAGAGUUGAUUGUUACCAACUUGUGAUUUUAUAUUUUUUUACCAUGGUACAAACUUGAGGAUG